AUGGUUAAGGAAGAAAUUAUCCUAGGAAAUAAAGGGUUAUGUAAAGGACUCGGAGUAGAUAAAGUGAAGCUUGAAGUGAUUGAAAAGUUGCCAAAUCUAGUCACAGUCAAAGGACUGCAAAGCUUUCUGGGAUAUGCAGGUUUCUAUAGGUGGCUCAUUCAAGAUUUCUCAAAGAUUGCAAGCCCCAUGUGCAAAUUAUUGGAGAAAGAGGCAAAGUUCGAGUUUGGGGAUGAUUACCAAGAAGCUUUUGAAAAACUAAAAAAGAAGUUGAUUGAAGCACCUAUUCUGGUUGCACCAGAUUGGAAGUUACCAUUUGAGCUAAUGUACGAUGCUAGUGAUAUUACUGUGGGAGCUGUUUUGGAAAAGAAGGAAGCUGAAAAUCAAGUUGCUGACCACUUGUCACGGCAAAAAAGGCGAAACCAUAUUGUUGAUGAUUCUCUUAGUAUUAAGGAAGAGUUUCUUGAUGAAAAGUUAUUAUCUUUAAAUGCAGUUGAGUUCCCAUGGUAUGCUAAAAUUGUGAAUUUGAUAGCUUGUGAGGUGUACCCACUUGAUUCCACCAUACAACAAAGGAAGAAAUUGCUCCAUGAUUCACGUGCUUAUAUUUGGAAUAAACUGUAUCUCUUUAAGCAAGGUCCAGACAGAUUCAUUCGUAGGCGUAUUCCAGAGGCUGAAUUUUCAAAGGUACUUAAAGAUUACCACUCAUCUCCUUAUAGUGGACAUCAUGGCGGUGAGAGAAUUGCUAGAAAAGGAUUACAAUUAGUUUUUUUCUGGCCUACAUUGUUUAAGGACGCAAUUGCUUUUGUAAAAAAUUGUGAUCAAUGUCAAAGGUUGGGUACUAUAUCAAGGCAUCAUGAGAUGCCCCUCAAUAAUAUUUUAGAAGUCGAAGUCUUUAAUGUUUGGGGGAUUAAUUUCAUGGGCCCAUUCCCACCUUCAAAAAGCAAUCUGUACAUUCUUGUAGUGAUUGCCUAUGUCUCUAAAUUGGUGGAAGUUGUGGCGAAUCUGACUAAUGAUGCAAAAGUGGUGCUGAAAUUUAUGAAGAAUAACAUAUUUUCCAGAUUUGGUACACCUAAAGCGAUAAUUAGUGAUGGAGAGAAGUUAGAUAAUGCAGUUUGGGCUUGCAGAAUAGCGUACAAGAUGCCUAUUGGGACAUCCCCUUAUCGCUUGGUUUAUGGUAAAGCAUAUCAUUUGCCUAUGGAUCUGGAACAUCAAGCAUAUUGGGACGUGAAAAAACUGAAUCUUGAGAUGACUGCUGCAGGAGAAAGACGAUUAUUACAACUGAAUGAGCUUGAUGAGUUUAGGCUUCACACUUAUGAAAAUGCCAAACUAUACAAAGAGAAGACCAAGAUAUGGCACAAUAAACAAAUUAAAGACAGAGUAUUUGAACCAGGACAACUUGUUUUAUUAUUCAAUUCAAGGCUUAAGUUUUUCGAUAAAUUAAGAUCAAAAUGGUUUGGACCUUUUGAGGUGGUGCGUAUGACACUGUAUGGACCUGUAGAGUUAUGGAAUGAAAAAUUUCUAGUGAAUGGACAGCAUGUUAAGCACUAUUGGGUGGAUCAUCUGGAUAAGCACAAGGAAUCUAUCACUUUUGUUGAUGAGUAA